AUGGCUAGUGAGGAUGCGCGUACGCUGUCUGCGGCGCCGGUGGUGUCGGCGGUGUCAGCAGUGUCAGUGGUGUCUGGAGUGACAGCGGUUUCAUCAGUGUCAACGGUUCCUGUCAGUGGCGCUAACGAUGAGCGGGAGAGGCCCUGCGCCUGUGCAGGUUGGCCUCGACGGCAACCAGUUCAUGAAAUACUCCGACCCAAGCCACGCAGCGCUGUAAUGAAAAGCGACCGGACGCGCGGACGCACCAAGCAUUCCCGUCCACAUAAAUCCAGUUUGGCAAUUUUUUGGGGUCCAGAGAUGCGUCCACCAGCCGCAUACCUCCGCAAAUGA